UUCUUUGGAUCCCACCAGUCUCCUCCCCAAUCCUUUAAAACAUGACAAGAAUAACUUGAUUUAAUCCAAUCUCCUCGCUCAUGAGUACCACUUGUCUCAACGGUUUGUCAAAUUAGAGGGUGCUUUCUGGAUAUACUCCUUGUGGUCAAGAUAAAAUGCAUGCUUUGUCUUGUACUUUUUUUCCUCUUCUUCGACUUGUUAAUUUUCUACCAUUAGUUGAUCCUCCUCCUAAUGAACUUUCAGUAAAGGCACAGCCACCAUUAAAUCUAAUUCUCACUUUUACUGAGCUACCAGAUAAAGCAGGCAAUUUAGCUAUUGUUAGGUCCAUCUACUCUUGAAACAGUAAAAGUUCAAAGUAUUUCAUGAAAGCUAAGUUGGUUUUGACAAUCCAAAUGAAACCAGUAACCAGAUUCUUUAAGAGCCUAGAUUUUGUCAACUUUUCCGUACCUAUACAUAGAGAGAAGCUGCUAUUGGAAUCUCCUUAUUGGCUCAAUUUCCAUUUCUGUAGAAUCUCGUUCACAAGUUUUAUGUCUGAGUCCCAAUGAAGUCCGUGCAAAUAUCAUUCUUUGUACUUGUUUUGACAAUUUUUCGCGUCAGAAAUUCAAGAUGUGAUAGCCCUCUCGUUCUUGACUACUACAAAGAAACAUGCCCCCAUUUGGAAGAGAUGGUGCAACGCAUUGUUGAAAUUGCUGUGCUCGAAGAUCCUCGUAUGGCUGCCUCGCUGCUACGGUUGCACUUCCAUGACUGUUUUGUCAUGGGAUGUGAUGCAUCAGUUUUACUCGAUGAUUUUGGAAAUGUUAUAAGUGAAAAAGAAGCAGGGCCUAACUUGAAUUCUCUGCGAGGAUUUGAAGUCAUAGAUGAAAUAAAGUACGUAGUUGAAGAGUCCUGUCCUGCUACUGUUUCAUGUGCUGAUAUAAUAACCAUUGCUGCUCGGGAUUCAGUUGUAUUGAGAGGAGGGCCCGGGUGGGAAGUCCUUUUAGGCAGGAGAGACUCUCUUACAGCAAGCUUCAAUGGUGCCAAUCAGUUUAUUCCAGCUCCAAACUCCACUCUAGACAGCCUCAUAGUCAACUUUCAACAACAGGGUCUUGACACUGCAGACUUGGUUGCUUUAUCAGGCAGCCAUACUUUGGGAAAAGCAAGGUGUUUGAGUUUCAGGCAAAGGAUCUACGACUACAAUUCUGAAGAAAAAUACGGCUAUCGUGAGAGAGAUGAGGAGUACCUCAGUGCAUUACGAUCAUUAUGCCCAAGAUCAGGGAGGGAUAAUACGCUGGCACCACUUGAUCUCAAGACACCAGCUAGGUUUGACAACCACUACUUCAUUAACAUCAUUGAAGGAAGAGGACUGUUGAUAUCGGACAAUGUGCUGGUAGACCAAGGUCUUCAAUGGGAAAUAAGAAAGCAUGUCUUUGCUUAUGCCUCUAAUCAAGAAUAUUUUUUUGAUUCAUUUGUAAACUCAAUGAUCAAGAUGGGGAAUGUUAAUGUGCUCACUGGAAACAAGGGUGAAAUUAGAAAGAACUGUAGAUUUGUUAACUCUUAUACAAUUUGAAAAGAACAAGGAGUAGGACUCAAUGUUCUUUUGAAUCUUGGUUACUUUUGUGAAUCGUUGGUGUAACAAUUUCUACCUAUCCGCUUUCAUGUUAGCUCCAUUGGUUUGCUACUGAUGAAAU